AUGAAACGUUUUAUUGAGGGAAGGGAAACGGUGAAAGAUGAUGAUAGAUCUGGGUGCCCGCUGAACGUUAGUACUGAGAUAAACGUGUCUGAGGUUGAACAGUAUGUGAUGAAAGAUCAAAAAGUUACGAUUAGGGAAAUAGCUGAUGGUCUUAGCAUGUCUUAUGGAACAGUUCAAGAGAUUUUAACGAGUAAGCUUAUAAUGCGGCGAGUUUGUGCUAGCUGGGUCCCUCGCCUCCUUCUGCCAGAGCAAAUGAGGCAUCCUUCCUCGCCAUCACCAUUGAAAGCACGCGUAACCAAGUCAGCAGGAAAAGUUAUGCUCAUUGUUUUCUGUGAGAUCAACGGGAUAAUUCUAAAUCACAUGGUACCACCCAAAACUUCAGUUACUGGGGACUACUAUGCACGGGCUAUCAAAUCAGAUUUAAUGACAGCAGUGAAGAAAAAGUGCCCAGAUCUGAUACGAUCUGGAUUCAUUCUGCACCAGGAUAACGCACCUAGCCAUUAA